CAGGCUCCUGAGGAUGUUCAGGAAGAAGGCUCUGCAGGUGGCCCCAGAGCCUGUGGGAAGCAGCUGCCAUCUUCCCCAGGAGUGGAGCGGCCCCUCCGUCCCCACUGGCGGGGAAGGAGCUCCCGGCCGGGCCAGGAGGUGGAAGUCCCCAGCCUUCUGGAAGAGGAAACCUGCUCCCGGCGCAGGCGACGAGGUGGGAGAGGCACCGGCCAGGCCAAAAUGGAGCUGGGCCAGGAUGCGGCUGGGCAGGCAGGACCCAGCCCAGGAGCGGAACCAGGCAGGGUGGCUCCGGGGCUUGUUGUGUGGGCAGCAGUGGCCCCAGGAGCCCAGCCCUGAUUUCCAGCAGGAGGCAUUGCCCUGCCCAGUCAGUGGGGACCUUCCAGCCUUCCCAGAGCAGGAGGUGGAGGAUCCCUCUCCCAGCCCCAGCAGCUCGGCCCGCUCCCCAUGGGACAGCAGCAGCGCCUGGGACUCGGACAGCAGCGUGGCUGACGGACGCUUCUGCUUUGUUCCAGGAGGAAGGUGUUUUGCACCCAAGUAACCAGGCUGUCACUGCAGCUUUCCAUUCACUAAAUAAGAUUUUUACCAAAUAUAAAUUGCCCUCCAAUUUCUCUAAGAGAAAUUGAAAUUGUAUCUUUGCACUAAUAUCCCAAGUGUGCAAGUCCAUCCCCUCAGAGCAGCCCCACACCCUGAGCCCAGGGGAGAAUCCCAGCUGGUUUGUGCAUUUGUAACCCUGGGGCCUGAAGCUGAUGAGAGAAAAGGAAGUGAGCCAUCUUGGAGCUUUCCGAUACCACCUGCGGGGAGCAUAAGGAUUUGACUGAGGGUACGUCUUCACUACCUGCCAUAUCGGCGGGGAACAAUCAAUUGCUCAGGGAUCGAUAUAUCACGUCUCAUCUAGACGUGAUAUAUUGAUCCCCGAACACGCUUAUAUCGAUUCCGUAACUCCACCAAGCUGAACGGAGUUGCGGAAUUGACAGGGGGAACCGCGAACAUUGAUCCCGAGCCGUGAGAUGGAUGAGUAAUUCGAUCUUAGAUACUUCGACUUCAGCUACGUUAUUCACGUAGCUGAAGUUGUGUAUCUAAGAUCGAUUUUCCCCCAUAGCGUAGACCAGCCCUCAGUGACAUCCUGGCUAAUUUUCACCUUGUUCUCUGCCAGCAGGCUCAACUGAAGAGCUCGGGAGUGACUUGACCAUGGCAGCACCCUAUUUACAUAUUAAAAGCUGGCAUUUUGGGGCCAAUGGGGUGAAAUGUGAGUACUUUGGGGGUUGGGACCCACAUGAGAAGGGAUGUGGACAAACUGGAGAGAGUCCAGCAGAGGGCAGUAAAAAUGAUUAGGGGACUGAGACACAUCACUUAUGAGGACCUACAGGCCAUAUCCUGUAUGUUAAGCUAAGGCAAAGUUAGCAUAUCUAUAUUGUGACCUUUUACUCAGAGAGGAAACUCGACCUUUAUCAUGUUACUUAAAUAGAUAAGUACCCAUGCCUGUCUAAGACCUUUACCUAGACCAAUCGACAAUGGAGAAUGGCAUAGGGUUUUUUUCAGUGUUAUACCCACAGAUUUAACAGGUACACCACAACAUUAACUUAUGUGCAUAUGUACAUGUCAUCAACAAGCACAAACAUACUAGCCUAUGAAGUAAAUGUACCCUAAUGUUUUGUGGGUGAGGAAUGAAAUUUGGGCAUAGGAGGAAGGAUUUCUGGCCCUUGUCCCCUAUAAAAGAGGUAACCCACCUCGCUAGAGCACUUUGCUCUAUUAUUCUGACUUACUUCCUCCACUCUCUCUAUAUGUACUAUCAGUAGGCUGUACUUGUCCUUAAACUCUAAGUUUCAAGGGAACUAGGCUAAGUUCGGUUUCCCUAAGUUGUUAUUAUUUGUUUAUUAUGUUUUGAUUCUAAAGUUUAACAUAUUCAAGUAAACCCUAAGUAACACCAGCUUUUUCUAAGCACUGCAUCUUUCAAUUAAGAAUUGAGAAGCCUGAACUGCAAGGCUGGUCCUGUGUCUCUUACCACCAGGUUAUCAAGGAAGGCUGUGAGUAUAUUAACCAAAACUUUGUUGCAUAUAAUGCCAUAUGUAUCUUCUGAAUAGCAGUAAUGCAACUGUAACUUUGUAACUCAAUUAAAUUAAAUUAAAUGUAAGCUAAUAAAUUAAAUUUUCAUCAAAUUAUCCAAAUUAAUAUUAUUAGUACACCCUAAAUCAGGCUACAUGGGACAGAGAGUUGGAGUGCAGAGGGAUGAAGGCACUGGCUCUGGGGGUGCAGACUCUGGGGUGGGGUUAGAAUGAGACAUUCAGGGUGUAGUAGAUGACUCAGGGUUAGGAUAGAGAAUUGGGCUGUGAAUGCUCUGGAAUGAGACCAGGAAAGAGAAAAUUGAGAUGCAAGAGAAAAAUCAAGCUGGAGUAAAAAGCAGAGAAGUAUGCAAUUUGAGCUGCAGAGGGAAGAAAAAAGCCUCUGCCUGUCCACUCUUACCAAAGCAUCUAAGAACCAGAUGACAGACAUCUCUCCCCUACUGCAACAAUUCCAGUUGACCUAGACUGAGAAAGGAACUCUUCUUCUCUGCAGCACUAGCAAACCUGGACUGAGUCAUGAACACAUCGUUUCCCCUCCACGCCCAAGUGUUCCUGGCCUGGGACAUGGGCAGGGCUCCUCUCUUCUCCAUUUGGGACAUGGCGGGAUGAGAGAAGUGACAGGGCUUUACGGGAAAUCAUUAUUUGCCUGAUUCAUGUGCAAGUCCUAGUCCUUGUUAAC